CACUACUCCAUCCAGACUCCCAAAGCAAUUGAAUGGUGACCAGCAUACAAACACAUAACGCCUGUCAGAAGCUACAUUAAUGGAAUAAUUGGAUGAAGAAUGUGAUUGUACAGAACGACGAGCAGUUUUCAGAAGAGAUUCUUGUAGGUCAAGUCUCAUUUGGCUAAAAGCUGCUGUGUUAAUAUGUUCUGGAAAAAUCUUUCACGCAUGUGGAGAGUAGGUGUGAUGCUAUUGUUGGCACUAUUGUUUAAGGAUUCAAUCCAACAUUCGGGUUACAGAUACAAUGCUACAAAAAAUGCAACAUUUCAUCCAAAAACAUUUUCAGGAAGAAGGCUAACGGUGAAUGAAACAGAGUUUUUAAACAUAUCCAUCCACCAGCCUGUUUUAAAUGUCAAUAAUAAUGUUUUCAACCACACUGCUGGAUUUCUGAGCACUAGAAUUAUCCCAUCUUGCUAUGUUUUGGCGAUCCUUAUUGGAAUCCCCUCCAAUAUCUUUGUGCUGGCUUGCCUCAGUGGAAAAAGCAAACUUUCCGGUGGUAUCCUGUACAUCAGCCUGGCAGGUUCUGACCUUCUCCUGCUAGUUUCUCUAACACUUCGAGUGCAUUAUCACUUUAACAACAACAGCUGGGCCUUUGGAGAGCUUGCCUGCAAGAUAGUGACAGCCUGCUUUUAUGGGAACAUCUACUGCUCCAUACAUGCCCAUAUGUGCAUUAGUUUAAUGCGCUACCUUGCAGUGGUUCAUCCAUUCCUGUACAGGGGACUUUCCAAAAAAUACUGCGCAAUCUGGGCCAGUUUAAGCGUCUGGGUGGUUUUUGCUAUUGCUAUGACACCGGAGUUUCUGGUUCAACAGACCUACCGCAUUUCAGGGCAGAACAUCAUAACAUGCCACGACGUCCAGUCAUACGAUGAAAAAUCUUACUUGAUUCCAUAUAGACUAAGUCUCAUCUGCCUUGGAUUCAUCUUACCAUCAGUAGUUAUCAUCUUUGUUUACGGAUCUAUCCUUCAUCACCUCAGUCGCUCCAGCCGUGACUGGAAUCUCUACAUCAAGGCCAGCACGCUGGUGUUUGGGAUAUUUUUACUGUGUUUUACCCCAAGUAGCAUAAUUCACUUUUUACACUAUGUGAGGCUGUACACACAGGGUCAGGAUGACUUGUAUCAUUACUUCAGAGUAGCAGUAUGUCUUUGCUCUCUGCAUGGCUGUCUGGACCCCUUCCUCUACUAUGUGUUAUCAAAGACUUUAACUGUCCAACCCAAGUUUAGAUCUUUUAGCUGUGGACCUCUGACGGCUUCAUCCAUUGUGCAAGGCCUGGUGGAUUUAAAAUAGCAGGAUGUUUAUGCUGCGAUCCCUGCGAGGAGGACUUCCUAUUCUAAAACCGUCGAACGCUGGCUUGAGGAUGUCGUUGAUGUAAAUACUUCUCUAUUUGAGAGUCUGUUCAUACUGUACAUAAAUGAAAGAAUUAAAAAAAAAAUCUACACUGAAGA